UGGGAGAGGGUCGGGAAUCUUCCGCGCCACGACUGGGCCAAGUUCAGCAGCCCCGGCAGCAGGGGAAGGCCCGGCGCGGCAUGUGCUGGGAGCGGCGAGGCUGGCAGUGAGCGCGCGGCGGGCGCUAUGGGCCGGCGCCGGGCUCAGGAGCUGUACCGGGCCCCGUUCCCGUUGUACGCGCUUCGAGUCGACCCCAGCGCGGGGCUGCUCAUCGCUGCGGGCGGAGGAGGUGCCGCCAAGACUGGCAUCAAGAAUGGAGUGCACUUUCUGAAGCUAGAGCUGAUUAAUGGGUGCCUGAGUGCCUCCUUGCUGCACUCUCAUGACACAGAGACACGGGCCACCAUGAACUUGGCACUGGCAGGUGAUAUCCUUGCUGCAGGACAGGAUGCCCAGUGUCAACUUCUACGCUUUCGGGCCCACCAGCAGAAGGGCAACAAGGCAGAGAAGGCAGGUUCUAAGGAUCAGGGACCCCGACAAAGGAAGGGGGCAGCUCCAGCAGAGAAGAAAUCUGGAGCUGAUAUCCAGGCAGAAGGGGUUGAACUCAAGGUAGAAAAUUUGCAGGCAGUGCAGACAGACUUCAGCCCGGACCCCCUGCAGAAAGUUGUGUGCUUCAGCCACGAUGACACCCAGCUUGCCACCGGAGGGACGGAUGGCUGUGUUCGAGUCUGGAAGGUACCCAGUAUGGAGAAAGUUCUGGAGUUCAAAGCCCAUGAAGGGGAAAUUGAAGAUUUGGCUUUGGGCCCAGAUGGCAAGUUGGUAACUGUGGGAUGGGACUUUAAGGCCUUUGUGUGGCAGAAGGAUCAGCUAGUGACACAGCUGCAUUGGCAAGAGAAUGGACCCACCUUCUCUAGUACACCAUACCGCUACCAGGCCUGCAGGUUUGGGCAGGUUCCAGACCAGCCUGGUGGGUUGCGACUCUUCACAGUACAGAUCCCGCACAAGCGCCUGCGUCAGCCUCCACCCUGCUACCUCACAGCCUGGGACAGUUCCACCUUCUUGCCCCUUCGGACCAGGUCCUGUGGCCAUGAAGUCAUCUCCUGCCUCAGUGUCAGUGAAUCAGGCACCUUCCUAGGCCUGGGCACGGUCACUGGCUCUGUUGCCAUCUACAUAGCUUUCUCUCUCCAGCGUCUCUAUUACAUAAGAGAGGCCCAUGGUAUUGUGGUGACAGAUGUAGCCUUUCUACCAGAGAAGGGUCGUGGUCCAGAGCUUCUUGGGCCCCACGAAACUGCUCUUUUCUCUGUGGCUGUGGACAGUCGUUGCCAGCUGCACCUGCUGCCCUCCAGGCGGAGUGUUCCUGUGUGGCUGCUGCUCCUGCUGUGUGCCGGGCUUAUUGUUGUGACCAUCCUGCUGCUCCAGAGUGCCUUUCCAGGUUUUCUUUAGCCUCCCUGACCACUGGGAAUCUGGACACUGCCACCUUCUAGAGGAGAGUCCAUUGGAGUCCACUGCUGAGGUUGUCUCCAAUGAGAUGAUGGCACUGUUUGUCUUUCUCUUGUGGCCCUGCGUGACUCUGGGUCCUGGGAGCCCUGCAUUCAUCACCUGUGGAUCCACCCAGUACAGUAUGUUCUGAAGCCAAGCCACACUAUCUGCCUCCCAGAGGCUCCAGAGAGUUGAGCUCAUCCUUGUCCAGAAAUAUGUGAAGAGAACCUGAAGGCACUGCCAUUCUUCCCUGCAGAAAGUUUUUCCUCUGACCCUCACAGCCUUCACAUGAAGUUCCUGGCUUUUGCUGGGACGGGACUGACCUGGCACUUGCAUUUAGGGCAGGAAGAGGCAAAAAAAAAAAAAAAAAGACUCAGGUAGGAGUAAUCAGUGGGUACUGAUGGGUAGCACCAAGCCAGCAGGUAAAUGCAUAGUGAAUUCCUGGUUGGUGUAUUCUAGCAUUGAGGAAAGGGAAAUUGAACCUCAGCCCAUUAAGCAAGAAGAAUUGAUAUUUAAUAAACAAGGGAAGAGUGAAACAAGA